AUGGCAGUCUUACCUAAUGUACCAUAUGUCAGAGUGCGUGUUGUAGUCUCUGGUUCAAAAACAGUUGAAUACGACGAUCCCGAUGACAGCCAAGAUGGUAUCACAAAAGAUUCUCCAAAAAACAAGACUUGUGUCUACAUUGAAUCUAAGACAAAUCAAAGAUUUGGUUUUGAAUAUUGGGUAAACAGCAAGAAGAGAGACAAGGCAAUUGAUCCAGGAGACGAUUCCACGUACGCACCCCCAAAAGUCGCCUCGCAACUUGGAGAACUCGUGGUUCAGGUUUGGCGUGUCCGAAAAUGUAAUACGGUGCCAGUUCCGCUUGAACAGGCAUCCUCAACUAAGAAAAUAAAUGUCCAUGAGAGUCAGUUGAAGGGCAAAGCAGUAUCUCAUGCUACGCAUCUCAUUGUUCCAAGUGGAUUCAAUAUUUCAGAUAUUUUGAACGUUCGAAAUAGCUUGAUUGUCCCAAAUAGCGUCAAGAUUUUAGAUGGUAUCAAUGUUCCUUAUAGAAUCAAUGCUGACCCUAAAGCUAAGAUCUUUUCUCAAGCAAAAUCUCGAACACUUUCUCAAAAGAUCAAUUUAGCACCUUUUGUGAUGAAUCCCUUACCCAGUGUACCGAUACCACGCCCUGUCGAUAAAAGGCCCUUUGCCAAACGAAAGGAUGUCGUCAAAGUCUUCGAAGCAUUGACGGCUCAAAAGCAUAAGUCUCCUGCUGGUAUGGCUACAGCUUCACCAGCAAGCACAAACUCAGUUAUCACCGGCAAAACUUUUAAUCCGGUAGCUGGUGCUUUUUUACCCCAAGCACUUGGACAGAUAGCCCCCAAAGUUAUAACGGACACGGUCACCUCCAUCCCAGAGCCGGCUCCAGCAAUAGCAAACAAUGUUCAAGAAGAAAUCAGAUAUCCAAAAACUCCUGCCUUCGGGUCAAUUCCAUCCUUAGCACCUGGUUUGGUCUCGAAAUCUGGACCUGCAAUGCCGCUAGAAACGCCAGCAAAAGUAAUUUGUAGACCUGAUAUCGAGACCUCCGCAUCCGACGAAUUAGGAGCAGCCUCAGUGACACCACUAGCGCCUGCGACGCCUGCUACACGUGUAGUGCAAACGGCCUUGGAGCCUGCUGUUACGCCAUUUACGCGGGUACUGAUGGAAAUCCAGAAAAACUUAGGCGACUUGAGGGACAUAGCUAAAGGUUUCAACGUCGUCAACGCUGUCGAGUUCAGACUAUUGGAAACUCUGUACAGUCUGUGCACAUGUCUAAUUACUCGAGAGGAGAUCUCCCGCGUCGGCGGUGAGAUCCAGACAGAGCUCGAAGGACAGGCCAAGGCUGAGCAGGCUAAACCCGAAGAGAAUCUGAAGCGCGAGCUUGCGGUCGAACAGGAUGAAGAUGUUGAAAUCGUGCUUGAACGUCCUGUCAAGAGACGCCACAUAUUCACCGCGGAAGAUGAAAUCAUUGAUUUAACAGUCUAA